CUCUCGGUUUCUGGCUUUGCCUGAGCAAUCUUCCACAAUCCUGUUUUGCCCUAAUGCUUCUCCAUCUCCGAUCUCCGAUCUCUCGUCCAUUCAUCGCUUUUGAGGAUUUUUUAUCGAUCCACUCUACAACGAACAGAAAAGUUUGCAUUUUUAAACAAAAAUCCAAAGAUGUUCAACAAAAUCAUGAAGCUGGGCCAGAAGAAAUUCAACAAAUCAGAUCAACACCACCAAGAUAACAACCCCAGCAACAACGUCGUUCGCGGCAGCCGCACCGCAACCGCCGCUGCGUCUUCAGCGUCGAAUGGCGAAUCUCAGACGGCGGCUCCGUCACCUUCGCAGACGCCGAAUCACCCAAUGUUCACAUCAACACCGACCCUCGAAGUACUUCCAUUGUUAAAAGACGUUUCUUCCUCAGAUCGGCCUCUCCUCUUCAUGAAGAAGGCUCACAUGUGUUCUUGCCAAUGCGAUUUCUCUGAUUCAUUGAUAAUGCCGCGCGAGAAAGAGAUCAAGAGGCAGACCCUUCUCGAACUGGUCGAUUUCCUUCACUCCUCGUCAGGUAAAGUCAAUGAGACGAUGCAGAGCGAGCUCAUAAGAAUGGUUUCCGCUAACAUUUUCCGGUGUCUCCCACCGGCACACCAUGAGAACACAGGAGCUCCUCCUGAAGGGAAUGAUCCUGAGGAGGAAGAGCCUUAUCUUGAGCCAUGGUGGCCUCAUUUGCAGCUCGUCUACGAGCUUCUUUUGCGGUAUGUAGUGUCUUCAGAAAUCGAGCCCAAGACUGCGAAAAAAUUCAUCAAUCACACCUUUGUGUCGAGGUUGCUUGAUCUGUUUGACUCAGAGGAUCCUAGGGAGAGGGAAUACUUGAAAACUGUUCUUCACAGAAUCUAUGGGAAGUUCAUAUUUCACCGUCCGUUUAUCAGGUGCUCCAUUUACAACAUUUUCUACAAGUUCUUGUAUGAGACUGAGAGGUGCAUUGGGAUAGGAGAGUUGUUGGAGAUUCUAGGAAGUGUGAUCAAUGGAUUUACAGUGCCAAUGAGAGAGGAGCAUAGGUUGUAUCUUGUGAAAGCCAUUUUGCCAUUACACAAGUCUAAAGGAAUCUCGAUUUACCACCAGCAGUUGGCGUAUUGCGUAACGCAGUUUGUGGAGAAAGAUUACAAAUUGGCUGAUACUGUGAUCCGUGGGUUGUUGAAGUAUUGGCCGCUUACGAAUUGUCAAAAGGAAGUUCUCUUCUUGGGAGAGUUGGAAGAGGUCUUGGAUGCUACAGAGCCUUCUGAGUUUCAGCAAUGUGUUGUUCCUCUGUUUACACAGAUUGGGAAAUGUCUUAAUAGUGCCCACUUCCAGGUGGCAGAGAGAGCUCUUUUCUUGUGGAACAAUGAACAUAUCGUAGGCCUGAUUGCUCAGAACAAAGACGUGAUCUUCCCGAUAAUAUUUGAAGCAUUGGAGAGGAACAUGAAAGGACACUGGAACCAAGCGGUGCACGGUCUCUCUGAGAAUGUCAGAAGAAUGUUUAUGGAAAUGGACACUGAGCUAUUUGAAGAGUGCGAGAAACAACAUCCAGAGAACGAAGCUAAGGCUUGCGAGUUAUUGGAACAAAGAGAAUUGACAUGGAAAAGACUUGAAGAAGCUGCUUCGUUAGCUGCAAAUUAAAGCCCAUUUGAUGAUGGCUUUUUUUAGCUAUCUUCCUUUUGCAAGAGUUGUGUUUUUAGAAACUCUCUAAU